UGCCGCCCCACCGUGUCCCAUCUACUCAGUCCCCAGCGACUCGCAGUGGCUCGUGGGGCUGCAGUCCAGGCGCCGUGCUCCCCUGCCCUGCGCGGAGCCGCGCGUCUUGGUAGGCGCUGCGCUGCCGGGGCCGGGUCCUGGGCCAGGGCACCUCUGCCCCCAGCCGGACCCAGCGGACUGUCCUCCGCCGCUUGCCCGGCACAGCAUGGGGAGGCGCUGCUGGCGGCAGCGCGUGCUGGCUGCCGCCUGUCUAGGCGCCGCGCUCCUGCUCCUGUGCGCCGCGCCCCGUACCCUGCGCCCGGUAUUUGGAAACAGAGCCCUGGGCUCCAGCUGGCUUGGUAGGGAGAGGAGAAGCCCCCUGCAGAAGCUCUAUGACCUGGAUCAGGACCCGCGCUCUACCCUGGCGGAGGUGCACCGGCAGCGGCGUGACCUGCUAAGCAGCGCCUGUAGCCGCCACACACGCCGGCAGCGCUUGCUGCAGCCAGAGGACCUGCGGCACGUGCUGGUGGACGACGCGCAUGGCCUGCUCUACUGCUACGUGCCCAAGGUGGCGUGCACCAACUGGAAGCGCGUGCUGCUGGCGCUGAGCGGCCAAACCCGCGGCGACCCGCGCGCCAUCCCCGCGCACGAGGCGCACGCGCCCGGCCGCCUGCCCUCGCUGGCCGACUUCAGCCCCGCCGAGAUCAACCAGCGCCUGCGUGCCUACUUGACCUUUCUGUUCGUGCGGGAGCCCUUCGAGCGCUUGGCGUCGGCCUACCGCAACAAGCUCGCGCGCCCCUACAGCGCUGCCUUCCAGAGGCGCUAUGGCGCACGUAUCGUUCAGCGCCUGCGGCCACGCGCGCUCCCCGACGCCCGGGCCCGCGGGCACGACGUGCGCUUCGCAGAGUUCCUGGCCUACCUGCUGGACCCGCGCACGCGGCGCGACGAGCCCUUCAACGAGCACUGGGAGCGCGCGCACGCGCUCUGCCACCCGUGCCGCCUCCGCUACGACGUCGUGGGCAAGUUCGAGACGCUGGCGGAGGACGCGGCCUUCGUGCUGGGCCUGGCGGGCGCACCCGACCUGAGCUUCCCCGGGCCACCGCGGCCCCGGGGGGCCGCCGCCUCCCGCGACCUGGCAGUGCGCCUCUUCCGGGACAUCAGCCCCUUCUACCAACGGCGCCUCUUUGACCUCUACAAGAUGGACUUCCUGCUCUUCAACUACUCCACCCCUUCCUACCUGCGGCUGCACUAGCGGUCCUAGAGGGCCUGUGGCCACACGGGGCAAGUGCCUUUCCGACAGGACCCCCGGGGAAUGCAGGUGCUGCUGGCCCCAGGGCCCCUCUUCAAGAGCCACUGCGUGCACUCACCUGGCCGCCGGCCCAGCGGGCGCAGGGCACACUUGGCCGGGCUUGGGGGCAGCCCAUCUCCCGUGGCCCUGUACGCGUGUGCCUGCUUCGGCCUGUCGCUUGAGGCCUGCUUCCUCCACUUGCUCCAGCUGACAGGCACCUCUCCAGGCCCCGUAGAUGGGCAAGGACUUGGUAACCAGGGUUUUAGGCUUUUAAAGGCCAUUUUGGGGGGUCAGCCCUGCCCCUGAACCUGUUUAUGGUGCAUCAGAACAGAAUGCUGACACCCGUGUUGGUGUGGCCCGAGCCUGUGCCCUCCCCACCUGGCCCACCCUGGCAAGGACAGGUGUGGCCAAGGACGAAAGCCCUCCGUUGGCUGGCCUCACGAUGGGGCCAUCCCGGGAGCCAGCUGGGAGCUGCCUUCCACUGCCAUCGGGCCUCUGCUCCUCUCCCAUGUGGCUGGCCCUGCCCAGGCACCACCUUCGGUCUCAGUCUGGCAAGACGCUGGGUCUUGAGGCUCCAUGCCAACAGAGCCCCUGGUGCAAUGCAGUCACAGGUUUUAUGGGACUUUGGUGAGCUGGGCAGUCAUGGUUUUGAAAUAAAUGUAUUUUGUUACUUUCUGA